AUGGCUGGAGGAAUCAAAAAACACUUGAAGAGAAUCAGAGCCCCUCAUCACUGGAUGCUUACUUCCCCUUCGUAAAAUAGAAUUAUUUUUACAAGUAUAAUUAAUAUAAUAAAAUCUAUUUAAUUCUACUCACUUUGCACUUUUAUGCACUUAUUCUAUAAAUUAAGUUAUAUUUUUAAUUUCAAAUUUUAGUAUAAUUUCUAUCAAGUCUUUUGAAAAAAAAUUUUCCAUUUAUAAAUAUUUUGAUGGCUUUCUGAGGGAGCUAGCAAAAUGGGUGGCACUUGGGCUCCUCGUCCAUCAUCUGGCCCACACAAGCGCCGUGAGUGCCUUCCUCUCGUUGUUUUGCUCCGCAACAGACUUCGCUACGCUCUGAAUUUCAGAGAAGCCACACUAAUCGUGAAAGACAGGCACGGAUCAGUCAUGGUUGACGGCAAGGUCAGAAAAGACGUGAAGUACCCAACUGGAUUCAUGGAUGUCAUCUCACUCCCUCAAACAAAAGAACACUUCAGACUCCUUUACGACACCAAAGGACGCUUCCAGGUACUCAGGAUUGAUGAAGCUGAAGCAAAAUUCAAGCUUUGCAAGGUCAAGAAUCGUAUUGUAGGGCCAAACCAUGUGCCAUACAUUAUUACACAUGAUGGAAGGACCUUUAGAUAUCCACAUCCAGAUAUUAUACAGCUCUAAAUUGUUUCUAUUAUACUUAAUACUUAUCUUUACUAAGCUGAAUUCAACAUAGCCCAGCAUAAGAUCAACGACAGCAUUAAGCUCGACUUGGCCACUGGAGAAAUCAGCGAUUUCGUCAAAAUGGAAAUGGGAAACUUGGUCAUGGUCACUGGAGGUAAAAACACUGGAAGAGUCGGAACCCUCAGCUACUUAGAAAGACACGAAGGUGGUUUUGAUAUUGUCCACAUCAAAGAUGCCCAUGGAAACGUGUUCGCCACCAGACUGACCUACGCUUUUGUCAUUGGAAAAGGUAAAAAACCUUUGGUAGCUCUGCCUAAGGGAGAAGGUGUUAAGAAGUCCAUCUUAGAAGAACAAGCUGAUUUCAUUAAGAAGCACGCAGAAUAA